CGGUGGCGUCACAAUCGAACACCAACCCGGGUUGGGUUAAUUUUGGGUUAGGGGCGCUGAACCCGCCGCGUGAGUUUGAACCCAGGGACGGGCGUAGUGGGUGCCGGGUGGGCACUAGGUUACAUAAUUUUGUUUUUUAAUCUUUUUCCCUGAUUUUUAAAUGCUUGCAUAAUUGAAGACUUUUCAUACGUUUCGUUCACGGCGACCGAUAAAUGAUAUAUUCAAUGUGUAUAUGGGCCUAUAAAUGGGAUAUGCAGUGUAUAUAUGAGGCCAAUUGUUCCUUAUCGGGUCCCCCCACUUUGGUGUGGUUCAGAGCUCUUUCGUCUUCAAACUCUGGAUGGAAAACUGGCCUAUAAAGCCGUUCGGAGGAAGGCUUCUGUCGUAGAGAGAAUCAAAGAGACAGAUCUGCGAGCUCGGAAAGAUCGGGUGUCCUGCCGUUGGCUAAUUUUGUCUGCGGAUUAUAAAAUAAAAGGUGAGAUUUUGGUACAGAUUUCGCCCCGUUUUGUUGUUCUAGGGUUCGUCUGGAAGAUUCUGGAUCUUUUUUUUGUGAACGUUUGAGAGUUUUCUGGUGAUCUUUAAGUACAAAACUGUUUAAAAGUGUGUUUGAAGGGUUGGGCUGGAUACCCAUUUAGACGAUUUGAGUUAUUGUGGAGAAAGGUAGGAGGAGGGCCUUCAAGAGGCGUCUAGGGAUAUACCCAUCUGGAGGAUUUGAGUGAUUGCAGAGUAAAAUAGUUGGAGGGAUUUCUGGAGGCAUAUAGGAUUUGAAGGGAGCCCUAGGGUUUGUUGGGUUGGAAGGGAUUUGCACAUGUUGUAUUUGUGGCUAGCUGAGGAGAUUGCUCGGCUGAUUUGGACAUUUGGGUUGCAGCUGAACCCUAGGAUUUGAUUGCUUUGUGACCCUCAUCUUUCAUAUCGAUCUGGGUAUCGCUUUAAGGGAAAUAAUUAAUAAUAAUAAACCUUAAACAUAGAAAACAUGUCUAUUCUACCUCCGACUGAUGAUCUCAGAAUCAGGGAGGUGUGGGCCGAUAAUUUGGAAGAAGAGAUUGCUCUGAUCCGGGAGAUAGUUGACGAUUACCCUUAUGUUGCCAUGGAUACAGAGUUUCCCGGUAUAGUGGUUAGACCUGUGGGAAAUUUUAAAUCUGCUUCAGAGUUCCAUUAUCAAGCACUAAAGGCUAACGUGGACAUGCUCAAGCUUAUUCAACUGGGCCUCACUUUUUCGGAUGAGGAUGGGAACCUGCCCACAUGUGGAACUGACAAGUACUGUAUUUGGCAAUUCAAUUUCAGAGAAUUUAAUGUUGAGGCAGAUCUCUAUGCCAAUGAUUCUAUUGAGCUUUUGAGACAGAGUGGUAUUGAUUUCAAGAAGAAUAUUGAGAUGGGUAUUGAUUCACAGGUCUUUGGAGAGCUCCUAAUGUCAUCUGGCAUUGUCUUGAAUGAUACCGUGCAUUGGGUUACUUUUCAUAGCGGCUAUGACUUUGGUUACCUGUUGAAGCUUUUAACAUGCCAGGAGUUGCCCUCGACUCAGGUGGGAUUUUUCAAUUUGAUCAACAUGUAUUUCCCAACUGUGUAUGAUAUCAAGCACCUCAUGAAAUUCUGCAACAGUCUGCACGGAGGGUUGAAUAAGCUGGCUGAGUUACUGGAUGUGAAGAGAAUUGGGGUGUGCCAUCAAGCCGGUUCUGAUAGCUUGCUGACUUCUUGUGCGUUCAGGAAAUUGAGAGAGGGUUUCUUCAGUGGGUCCACUGAAAAAUAUGCAGGCGUGUUGUAUGGUCUGGGAUGUGACAGUGGUGACAAUGGUCAUUAAUCUUUUGAGAUUAGAGAGCGAGAUCAUACUCUCAUCUCUUUGUAUACUUUUUUGGGGCAAACCCUACAACUUAACUUAUUAAUUGCCAAGUUGUUUUAAUAAUUAUUGUUCAUAUUGUCUUCA